CGCCGGCGCAGGCCGUCUUUUAAGGAGGCGCGGUCCGCGUGCUCAAGUCUGCACGCCUUCAGCAAGUUCUUACGACGGUCCAGCGCGCUACACACACCAUGGCGGCGACGACGCUUCUCUGGCAGGUGGUGAUGCUGGCAGUGGCUGGGGCGCAUGCGCAGUUCGACCUACCGUACCCCCUGCAGCUGGUGCGAGCCGCUCCUAGUGCAGUCAGCCCACAGCUAUACGGCCCCCAGCCUGAGGCUGUGUCGCUCAUCAGAGGCAGCACGCAACCAGGCGACAGCCAACAGCAGGCGCCCGCGGAGGAGGAGAUGACGCAGUUCCACUCUCAGGACGCGGCCGGGCGCUCGCUCUUCGGCUACAUGAUGGCCGACCAGGCGCGCAUCGAGGCCAGGGCUCCGGACGGCUCCGUCAGGGGCUCCUACACCUACCUGGACCCCAGCGGACGCGCCAUAAAGGUGCAGUACUGGGACGAGGGGCAGGGUUUCCACGCCGCCGGGAACCACCUACCCGCCACCCACCCCGGUCUUCCGCAGCCCGUCCGGGACACCCCGGAAGUGGAGGCGGCGCGAAAGCAGCAUCUCCAGGCCUACCAGCAGGUGCUGCGCAGACAGCUUCAGCUGCUGUACCAACAGCAGCAGCUGCAGGAACAGCAGCAGCAGCAGCAGCAGCAGCAGGUGUACCAGCCGCCCUCCGGGGGCGGCGGCGACAGCGAGGUGGUGGUGGUGGAGAGCGACCCGGCGGCGCCGCCCACAGACUACGCCGAGGACGAUCCGGGCCAGCGCUACCCCUCGCUGCCGCUGGUGCCCGCCCUGUACGACCCCUCGCACGUGCACGACGUGGGCCGCGACGCCGUCAUCGUGGACUCCGCCGCUGCCAGGCAGCCUCAGCAAGGCGGUUUCUACAGCAAGGGGAGCACUGCCCACAGCGACCAGUCGACCCAUUACGGCGGCCACCCGUCGGGCGUCACCAACGUCGGAGGGUACCCACCUGUGGCCAUGCAGUACCUACAGGACAUUGCCAGAAGAGCUGACACGCCAGUCUACAGGCAGGCCGGGAGCAAGGAGGCAGUCAUCCUCAACAACCUGAUCGGCAGGAGCGCUUCGUCGAAGGCCAGAUCUCUCGAAGCUCCUGCUGGGGAAGCAGGUAAAGUUGCAGAUCGAGAGGGCGGAUCUGGUGCCAGUAAAGAGGAGCUGGUGGCGGAGACGGUGGCUGCCGGCUCCUCCAGAGACGAACACGCGGCAGCGGCCGAGACCGAGGCUGGAGAGGCCAACAGAGCUACUCCUGGAAACCAGCGGUCGGUGGUGUCGCUGAAGGACGGGCCAGCGGAGUCGUACAGCGCCAUGUACAUCUACCCGGGGCGCCAGGCCAAGGCGGCGUCUCCCAAGGCCGCCGCGAUGCCGCAGCCGCAGGUGGAUGGCGGGUUCUUCUACAGCUUCCACCACCCGGUCAUCCCAGUGGCCGUGCAGGUGGCGCAGCCUGUGGGAGCCGACGCCGCCGACGCCGACGCCGCCGCCGACGCCAAGGCGCCCCCGCGGGGACUCAGUGUCUCGCAGAGGGCGUCGCUGUACGACGCGGUGCCCGUCGCUGCAGUCCACGACGCCCAGGUGCCGCCGUACCUGCGUGGCGCCGUCACAGACCACCAGACCAAGCCCGUCUUCAUACACUACGACCCGGCCGAAGCGGCUGCUGCUAGCUAGGUACUGCUGGACGAUCUCCCUUCCUCACACAAUCCGUACAUGUCCAUUAUAAUUAUCCGGGUUGUUAUGCCGUGGUCGGUUGAUGAAUUCUGUGUCAAUUCCCAACGUUUCGUCCCCGUCUGCGGGAGACAUCUUCAAGGGGGCCUGUAGCUCGAUGGAAGCUC